GCGGGGCGGGGCGGCUCCGGUCCGAGGCGGAAGCGCUGGCGGAGGGCUCUGCUGCCGGCUCCCCGCACUCGCCCCUCCUUGGCCGUGAACUGCCCUUCGUCCUGCCUCGCGGGCCCCCGCGGGUCAGUGUCCUGGGACUUCUGCCCCUGACCACGGGCUUGGGCCCAGACUUUUAGGGCUGUCUGUGCCGUGGGCCAUGGUGACUCUGUGGACCCUCAUUCUGGCCUCCGUCGCGGGCCUGGCUGCUGCCAGCCCACCUAACAUCGUGCUGAUCUUUGCUGAUGACCUGGGCUAUGGGGACUUGGGCUCCUAUGGGCACCCCAGUUCCACUACCCCCAAUCUGGACCAACUGGCUGCAGGGGGUCUGCGGUUCACGGACUUCUACGUGCCUGUGUCUCUGUGCACACCCUCCCGGGCUGCCCUCCUGACCGGCCGACUCCCAGUUCGGAUGGGCCUGUACCCUGGAGUUCUGGAGCCUGACUCCCGAGGGGGCCUGCCUUUGGAGGAGGUGACCCUGGCUGAGGUCCUGGCUGCCCGGGGCUACCUCACAGGGAUGGUCGGCAAGUGGCACCUUGGGGUGGGGCCUGAGGGGGCCUUUCCCCCCCACCAGGGCUUCCAUCGAUUCCUGGGCAUCCCAUACUCCCAUGACCAGGGCCCUUGCCAGAACCUGACCUGCUUCCCGCCGGCUACCCCCUGCGAUGGCAGCUGUGACCAGGGCCUGGUCCCUGUCCCGCUGUUGGCCAACCUUUCGGUGGAGGCACAGCCGCCUUGGUUGCCAGGACUGGAGGCCCACUACGUGGCCUUCGCCCGUGGCCUCAUGGCCGAUGCCCAGCACCAGGGACGCCCGUUCUUCCUGUACUACGCCUCCCACCACACCCACUACCCCCAGUUCAGUGGGCAGAGCUUUUCUGGGCACUCAGGCCGAGGGCCAUUUGGGGACUCCCUGAUGGAGCUGGAUGCUGCUGUGGGGGCCCUGAUGACGGCUGUGGGGGACCUGGGACUGCUCGGAGAAACGCUGGUCUUCUUCACUGCAGACAAUGGACCUGAGACCAUGCGGAUGUCCCAUGGUGGCUGCUCUGGCCUCCUCCGAUGCGGAAAGGGAACCACUUUUGAGGGGGGUGUCCGAGAGCCUGCCUUGGCAUUCUGGCCAGGCCACAUCGCUCCUGGAGUGACCCACGAGCUGGCCAGCUCCCUGGACUUACUGCCCACCCUGGCAGCCCUGGCUGGGGCCCCACUGCCCAACGUCACCUUGGAUGGCGUUGACCUCAGCCCCCUGCUGCUGGGCACAGGCAAGAGCCCUCGGCAGACCGUCUUCUUCUACCCGGCCUACCCAGAUGAGGUCCGCGGGGUCUUCGCUGUGCGGAGCGGGAAGUACAAGGCACACUUCUUCACCCAGGGCUCUGUCCACAGCGACACCACUGCGGACCCUGCCUGCCAUGCCUCUAGCCCUCUGACUGCUCAUGAGCCCCCACUGCUCUUUGACCUGUCUGAGGACCCUGGUGAGAACUACAACCUUCUCGGGGGUGUGGCUGAGGUUGCCCCAGAGACCCUGCAGGCACUGAAGCAACUUCAGCUGCUCAAGGCCCAGUUUGAUGCUGCUGUGACCUUCAGCCCCAGCCAGAUAGCCCGGGGUGAGGACCCUGCCCUGCAGAUCUGCUGUCAGCCCAGCUGCACCCCUAGGCCAACUUGCUGCCACUGCCCUGAGCCCCCACCCUGAGAGCCCUGGUAGAGGCCAGCCCAGGGCCCCUCGCCCUGCCCAGGAAUUGGUUCAUUGGUGUGCUGUGGAUGUGUGCAGGUGGUUUCUACCUGAGAGCUAAUAACACCAGCUGACACUGGUCUGUGUGACAAUUCACGUGAUCCUUGUGCUAGCCCUGAGAUAGGUGCGGCUCUGCCUGUUACACGCGGGGAACCUGAGGCAUGGAGAGGUCAUGCGACCUAUCUGGGGUCGCCCAGCAGUGAGAGUUUGGGCUGGAAUUCUAACCCCAUCCCCCUGCUGAUUGUUCGUGUCAGUGCAGACAAGUGUGGUGGCAAGUGUGGGUAUGUCCAUUCCUGGGAGCAGUGCUAGGUGCUAACCCUAACCAGGAACAGGGGUUGGGGGUGGUGAGGGCAAGGUGGACAGCAGACCCCAAAGACACAAAGUGCCCAUAAGAACCAGGUUUUGCUCGGGAAGAAGCGCAGGAACUGGACCACACUGGUUCGUAUCAGAAACCUGUCUGAAGGCGGGUGAGGAGAUGCAUGUUGUUUUGGGGGAGGGGGCAGAUAAUUAGGUUUUAUUUACUUAUUUUUAGAGGAGGUACUAGGGAUUGAAUUCAGAACCUUGUAUAUGCUAAGCAUGCACUCUACCACGUGAGCUAUACCCUCCCGCCACCUGAGAUGCACAUUCUGUGUGGUGAAGUGGGCUGGGGGCCCUGCCAGCUCUGAGGAAGGCACGUCAGCAGCUCCUAAGGCCCCCUCCCGGCACCCCUGCGCCCCCUCCAAAGCUCUGCGUUUCCCAGGUACACACACAUUUCCAGUCUCCUGGCUUCACCCACAGAAGCCAGCCUACACCCAGCAAAGUAAUCUCUUGAAAACACAUCAGGUUUGGCUCCAUUCCUGCUCAAAACUGCAGACUUACCAUCAUGCUCAGACUAGACCCCAGACUCCUUGGAGCAGCUACCAUGCCCACCCCACACCCCUUCCCUCCUAGCCCUGGCAGCUGGCCUGGCUGCCGAUUGUCAGGCCAAGGUGCUCAUUGGCUCUGCCUAGGGCCUCCUGACUGCCCACCCACCUGCGUCUGCAUGGCAAACAUAGCCCUUGUGGGGUUACCCUGUGUGUGUGCUGAUGUCAGAUCACCUGCUCCCAGAGCGGCCGUCACACCCCACGUGCUCCCUCAGCAUGGGUUGAAUGAGAAGAGUGCUGUCUGGUUGCUCAAGACCCCGAAAUGGGUAUCUUUUCUCGUGGUUGACCAAACAGCUGUCCCCUUCCUACUAAUGGACCCCUGCUUUUUCACUGGUGUGCAGAGGCCCCUUGACCUCCAAGGUACAGCCUCUCCUAGUCCUAGGAGGGUGGUAGCCAGUCUGAGCCACAGUCCAGUGAUUGGUCCAGGAGCAGCACGUGACCAAGGGUCCUGGUCAGUGAAAGGUCGGGGCAACCCACUGGAUCCCUGGGUCCUCUUCAGCAUUCAUCCUCUGGUUGGUGAGGACGGUGCUGUGGCAUCACUGGCCCUGACCAGACAUCAUGCAGCCAGAGUCUCCAGUCAUGUACCCCCAGAGCUCACAAUGUAAGGAAAUAAACCAGCCUGUUUAAGCCA